AAGACAUCCCCAACUCUACCUGCCAAUUCGAUUCUACAAUCAUUUAGCCACACUUGUUCAGAAUGGUGCUCCGCUACUAUGACGCCGUAAUCGUCGGCGCCGGCAUGAGCGGCAUCUACCAAGCUCACCGACUGCUCCAACUUGGCUUCACGGUCAAAGUGCUCGACAACGCCGACGGGCCUGGAGGCACAUGGUGGUGGAACCGUUACCCAGGCGCCAUGAGCGACACCCACUCCCCUCUAUACCGAUACUCCUGGGACAAGGAGGACCUGCAGACAUAUGCCUGGUCGCACAACUAUCUCGACAGCAAAGAAUGCCUGGCAUACCUGAACCACGUCGUCGACCGGCACGACUUGCGGCGCUGCAUGCAGUUCAACACCCAGGUGCUCUCGAUGAAGUGGGACGAAGAGGAUUACCUGUGGAGCGUACACACAAGCGACGGGGUCUUCACGGCCCGCUACGUCGUGUCCGCGCUGGGCCUUCUCAGUCAGCCGAACUGGCCCAGCAUCCCAGGCCGCGACAGCUUUCGAGGCGAACUGUAUCACACGGCGCGGUGGCCGGAAACGUACGACUUCGCCAAUAAAAAGAUCGGCGUCAUCGGCAACGGGUCCACGGGCGUACAGCUCAUCACGACGAUAGCGCCAAAAGUCGGCUCGCUGCUCUCGUUCCAGAGAACGCCGCAGUACAGCAUCCCCGCGAUGCGUCGCGCCGUGACCAGCGAGGAGCGCGACGAGGUCAACCGGACGUACGACGAGCUGUGGAGCCGUGCACGCACGUCCUUCGCCGGCGCGGGCUUCGUCGAGUCCACGGUCAAAGCCUUCGACGUGACCGCGCAGGAGCGAGAGCGCAUCUACCAGGAAUGCUGGGACCAAGGUAGCGGGAUCCGUUUCCUGCUGGGCGCUUUUGCCGACCUGGCCACCGACGAGGCCGCCAACGAAACCGCCUGCGAGUUCAUCCGGUCCAAGAUCGCGCAGAUUGUCCGGGACCCCGAGAAGCGGCGCAAGUUGACACCCAAGACGCUGUACAACCGCCGUCCGCUGUGCGACACGGGCUACUACGAGGCCUUUAACCGCGAGAAUGUCGACAUCGUCGAUGUCAGAGAGAACCCCAUCGCCGAGAUCACGGCUACAGGGGCUAGACUGGCCGAUGGCACGUUCCACCCCCUCGACGUGCUGAUCUGCGCGACCGGCUUCAACGCCUUCGACGGCGCGUAUCGCAAGCUGCACAUCGAAGGCCGCAACGGCGUCUCCCUCAACGAGCAAUGGCGCGACGGCCCCACCACGAACAUGGGCGUCGCAUGCCACGGCUUCCCCAACCUCUUCAUGGUGCUGGGCCCGAAAUCUCCACUGGCGAACGUUCCGCCCAUGGUCGAGGCGCACGUCGACUUCAUCACCGCGGCCAUCGAACACGUCGAAGCCUUGCGUCGCCCAGGGACCAAACAGGAGACUGGCCCGGGAAAGAAAGUCGCCAUGCAGUCGACGCAGAAGGGCGACGAAGAGUGGGGCACGCUGUGCGAUUCCAUCAGUGACAAAAUGAUUUUCAAGAGCGCGGAGUCGUACUUUUACGGCGGCAACGUCGAGGGCAAAGUCCGGUCGACGUUGGUUUUCUUUGGUGGGAUGGGUGCAUUUGGACAGAAGCUGAGCGAGUCUGCCGAUAGCGGGUUUCCUUCGUUUGAAAUUGUCUAA